GAAAGAAAAUGAGCAAAGCGCUCUCUUUUAAUCCGUUAAUUCCGUUGAAAAUGCAUGUAAUCCAUCCCCAAUUCCCCGCCAAGAAAACCACAGCAAAACCCUUUUCAAUCUCGGCCCGCCUUCAAAAUCAACAGCAACAACUCAACCUCUCCGUUCUUCGCUUCACUCUCGGGAUACCUGGGUUGGACGAGUCCUACUUACCCAGAUGGAUUGGUUACGGGUUUGGUUCGCUUCUGGUUCUGAACCAUUUCGUGGGUUCGGAUUCUGCUACUGCCACUCCAGCUCAGCUUAGAACAGAAGUUCUGGGCCUUUCUUUGGCAGCAUUCUCCAUUUUUAUUCCCUAUAUUGGAAAAUUUCUUAAGGGUGCAAGUCCAGCAGAUCAAGCAACUAUUCCUGAAGGCACUGAGCAAAUAUUUGUCAUGUCACAAAAUAUAUCAGAUACUCAGAAGGAGGACUUGGCUUGGGCAACAUACAUCUUGCUUCGCAAUACAAACACCAUAGCUACGUUAAUAUCGGUUCAAGGUGAAUUAUGUGCACGUGGCUACUGGAACAUACCAGAGAAGGUGUCAAAAGCGAAUUUACUUGAUUGGUUUGAGAGACAGAUUGAAAGGAUUGGCCUAAAAGAUCUGAAGGACACCCUUUAUUUUCCUCAGAGUUCAGAUUCUGUACUUUGGGAGAUGUUACCCAAGGGGACCCGUUCUCUCCUGGUCCAGCCAGUCCUACAAGUUCCAAAACCCGGUGCCAAUCAGGUGGAAAAGAUUGAAGGGUUUGUCCUGUUGGCUUCAAGCAUGAGCUAUGCAUAUGGUGAUAAAGAUAAAGCCUGGAUAGGAGCUCUAGCAAACAAAUUUGGAGGUAAGAGCUUGUGUAUGGAUCUGUAAGGAAUUCAGAACUCAUUAUUGACUUGUUAAAUCAGUCAGAAAGUUCUAUUUGAAAGAUUUGCUUUCUCAUUACCGUGUGAAUGCCAGUUUCUUGGCUGGUUAUGCAGUUGCCAUCUGAAAAUGACUAUUAGUUCUCAAGUUUAAUCCACCAUUGGUUAGUUUGGCACCCUUUCUAAUCAUAUAGAAAAUUAGCUGGUAAGCAACCGUUCAUGGCUUAGCUUGAGGAGAGAGCUAAAUGUCAUAAUCAAUAUCUGCUUUUUAAUGUUUUUCAGCAUUAAAAAAUGAGGAAAAAAAAAAGAGAAAAAGAAAAAGAAAAAGAAACAUCAUCAAAGCAUAUAUCUCUUUGGUUUAUAAUGAUAAUUGGAGAUUAGCUUUGUAAUUAUAAAGAAGUCAUCAA